UUGUAAUGUUCUAAGACAUUGGGAUCAAAAUCUUGAGCCUAAUUUUGUUUUUGUAGGUACUAUGUGAAUUAGAAGAAAAAGCAGGGGUCAUUCAGGAUGAAAGAGCGGAAUAUGAGAGAAUGGUUGAAGCAUACUCUCUUAUCAACCAAAAAUUACAAAACUCUAUUUCAGAGCGGUCAAGUUUGGAUAAAAUCAUUUUGGAAUUGAAGGCUGACUUGAGGAGACAUGAACGUGAAAAUGUUUUGGCUAGAAAGGAGAUCAUUGACCUUCAGAAACAGGUUACAGUUCUACUGAAGGAGUGUCGCAAUAUUCAACUUCGUUGUGGAUCUAUAGGACCCAACAACACAAAUGAGUCUGUGGCUGUUGCUGAUGUUGAGAUGAGCUUGGAUGGGGAUGAGAUCAUUUCGGAGCACCUCUUGACCUUUAAGGAUCUAAAUGGACUAGUUGAGCAGAAUGUGAAGCUGAGAAGCCUGGUACGCAGUCUUACCAACCAGAUUGAAAAUAGUGAAAUGGAGUUCAAGGAGAAAUUCGAAAUGGAGGUGAAGAAAAAGACUGAUGAAGCUGCAUCUAAAGUUGCUGCAGUCUUGGAGAGGGCUGAAGAGCAAGCACAGAUGAUUGAAUCACUACAUACAUCUGUUGGCAUGUACAAAAGGUUGUAUGAAGAGGAGCAUAAAAUUAAUUCAUCAUGUUCUCGUCCUGCUGAGCCCGCUAGAGAGAAUGGGAGGAAGGACCUCUUACAGCUUCUUGAGAGUUCUCAGGAAUCUACCAGAAAAUCGCAAGAAAAAUCAGCUGAAAGGAUCAGGUGUCUCGAAGAUGAUUUGGCAAAAUCAAGGAAUGAGAUAAUCACGUUACGUUCAGAAUGCAAUAAGUUGGCAAUGGAAGCAAAUUUUUCAAGAGAGAAACUUGAGAGCAUUAUGAAGGAGAAUGAACAUCAGAGAGAAGAAACUAACGGAAUUUUAGCAAGAAAUGUGGAGUUUUCCCAGUUGAUAGUUGAGUAUCAACGAAAGCUGCGUGAAAGUUCAGAGUCUUUGAAUGCUUCUGAGGAGCUGUCUCGAAAGCUAUCUAUGGAGGUGUCAGUUUUGAAGCAUGAAAAUGAGAUGCUAUCAAAUGCUGAAAGGAGAGCAUGUGAUGAAGUUCGUAGUUUGUCAGAGAGACUUUACCGUGUCCAGGCUAGCUUGGAGAACAUUCAGAGUAUGGAAGAAAUUCGAGAGGAAGCAAGAGCUGCUGAGAGGAGAAAGCAAGAGGAGUACAUUAAGCAAAUUGAGAAGGAAUGGGCUGAAGCUAAGAAGGAGUUACAGGAAGAGAGGGACAACGUUCGGAACCUCACUUCUGACCGUGAACAGACAUUGAAAAAUGCCAUGAAGCAGGUUGAAGAAAUGGGGAAAGAAUUGACUAACGCCUUUCAAGCUGUUGCAGCUGCUGAAUCUAAGGCUGCUGUAGCUGAGGCAAGACUUUCUGAUUUGGAGAAGAAGAUUAAAUCUUCAGAUGCUAAGGUCAUUGAUAUGGGUGGUAGCGAUGGGCGCAAUUCUCUUCCAACUAAUGAUGUCGUUAUGGAAUUUCAUAUUGCAAAGAAAGAAAUUAUAAAAUUAAAGGAAGAAGCUGAAGCUAACAGGAAUCACAUGCUGCAGUAUAAAAGCAUUGCACAGGUGAAUGAAACAGCGUUGAAGCAGAUGGAAUCUGCACAUGGAAACUUCAAAAUUGAGACUGAAAAGUUACAGAAAUCAUUGGAGGCAGAGCUUCUUUCAUUAAAGGAGAGAGUUUCUGAACUUGAAAAUGAUUGUAGUCUGAAGUCUGAGCAGCUAGCCUCUGCUGCUGCAGAAAAGGAAGAGGCUAUUGCUUCUGCUUUAGCUGAAAUUACACAUUUGAAGCAAGAAACCUUAACUAAAAUUUCCCAGAUUGCAACUAUGGAAAUUCAGAUUUCAGCUCUAAAGGAUGACUUGGAGAAGGAGCAUGGGAGAUGGCGAACUGCUCAGGCAAAUUAUGAGAGACAGGUUAUUCUACAGUCUGAGACCAUUCAGGAGUUGACGAAAACAUCACAAGCUUUGGCUUCUCUGCAGGACGAAGCAUCCGAGCUGCGUAAAUUAGCUGAUAUGCUCAGAAAUGAAAAUAGUGAACUUAAGGCCAAAUGGGAAACAGAAAAAUCAAUCCUAGAGGAAGCAAAGAAUGAAGCUGAGAAGAAGUAUGAUGAAAUUAAUGAACAGGUAAAUACUGGUGAUGCUUCCACAAGAAAUCGGAUUCAGUCUUCAUGACAACAUUGAUUGACA